UAUACCCUAAUCAAUGUGAAAAUGGAACAAGUUACUGGUGAUUUUGGCGUGCCAAGUCAGGCAGAGUUUUCCAUUGACGUUGUAAUUUGAGACUGACUGUGUUGUCUAUCAUCAUCGUCUUCAUCGUAGCUAUGGAUAUGCUUUCACUUCUUCAUCAUCAUCGUCGUCGUCUAGCUAUAGUCAUGGCUUCGUUUCUAAUACUCUCAUCACAACCGUUGAUUGUUCAGGCCGCCAUUGAUUCUUCUGAAUCCAACGGCAGCAGCAGCAGCGGAGUAUUCGAGUGGGAGAUUCUGACCAAACGCAACUUCUCCUCUCAGAUCCGUCUUCACCCCCACCUCCUCCUCAUGGUCACCGUUCCCUGGUCUGGCGAGUCUCGAUCCCUUAUGAAGGAAUUAACCCAGCUUGUUGCCAAUAAGCAAGAAAAGUUUGGCACCCUUAAACUGGUGCUCUUAUACAGAAAUAGAGAGAGGAUGCUUGCUGAUGUCAUUGGUGCUACAGAGGGAAUAACAAUUUUAUGCUAUCACCAUUCUUUACCUUACAAGUAUCAAGGGAGACUUAGAGCACAAAAUAUAUUAUCGUCUGCUCAUUUUCUUAUGACACAUCCUCCUGAACAACUUCCCCUUGAAUCUCUAAAAACGCCAGAGGACUUGAAAACAUUCCUUCAAUCAACUGACAAGGCUUUACUUCUCAUGGAAUUUUGUGGAUGGACCCAUGCAUUGUUGGCCAAGGGCAAGAACAAUGGAACUGAAAAUGGUUUUGAUGGCCAAUUCGGAGUGAGUUUUAUUGGCGAGACAAAUAGAUCACUUGCAGCCAAAGGGAAGAAAAACCAGAAGGGGAUGGAAAAUGAAAAGAUGACUUGCGGUGUUCAAAGUGGGGCUAGUGGACUCUCUUGGCUUGGGGAAUUUAGCUCUGUAACUGAAAUUGAUUUCCUUGUGGCUAAAAAUAUGAGUCCCACUGUUGGGAUUUCGUGCAGCUUUGAACAGUUCCAGCGGUUUGAAUCUUUCUUCUCGAAGUUCAUGACUGUUGCAAGAGAGUUCUUCUUGCCUCCUGAACGGCUAAGAUUCGGCCUGGUACCUGAGAGGUUGUUGCUUUCAUCUUUGGGUGUUGGAGAUUCUGGUUCAUGGUUUUCGUCUUUGGAUGUUGGAAUUUCUGGUUCCUGGUCAACAAUACUUUAUUUUGCUGGAUGUCCCAGUUGUUCAAAGGUUCUUGGAGAAGGGGAUGAUCUCAAAAUUGCUCUACAGAUGCAAAGUUCACUUCUUGUGGAGCUGGGAAGUGGUGGGAAUGAUCCUGAGCCUGCUUUACCUGCAAAUAAACCUUCAAUACUUCUUUUUAUUGAUAGAUCAUCUGAUUCAUUAGAAACUAGAAGAAAAAGUAAGGAGGCUAUUGAUGCUUUUAGAAAUUUAGCUUUGCACUAUCAGACAUCAUGUGGGAUAGGCGAGCAAAACAAUAUCAAGACUGACAAAUCUGUGUUUGACACCAAUCAAGCAUCGAAAAGCAUCACUGGACAUCAAAGAUUCAAGCUGUCUCCAACUUCUCGAAAUGUAGAAUUGAAGGAUAAGAUGUCUAUCAUGAUUGUAAAUGAGGAGAAACAUGUCACCCUAGAUAAAAUUCCUUCAGAUUUACAAGGUAAGUCCUUGCAUGAGAUCUUGGAAUAUGUACUUCAGCAUAAGGACAAAGUAAAAUUGAGCUCACUUGCGAAAGAGGCAGGUUUCCAACUUUUAUCUGAGGAUUUUGAAAUCAAGAUACAAGAAGCUUUACCAGCGCAGACAAAAGUUCUUCAGUCUGAUCAAGUUUUUUCAAAUCCGACAGAAGGCCUUCCGGAAGCCAGCUUUGAUUUGCACAAGGAUCAGAUACCAUAUAUGGAUGGCACUUCUGUGGCGCAUGAGGAGCAAUAUAAACCUGCUAAUACUGAUAAAUCUUCCCAGUAUACUGAAGAGAAGACAACUUCUGAUACAAACAAACAGUCAUAUGGAGCACAUGAUCAUUUUCAUGGAAAUCAAGUUCUUGGCAGUGCUGAAGAUGUGAAAAUGGAACAGAAAACCUUUUCAGAAAGAGCUAAUUUGAGUGAAGAGAUUCAUUUUAAAGGUUCCUUUUUCUUUUCUGAUGGUGGAUAUCAGUUACUUAAAGCUCUAUCUGCUGGGUCAAAGAUUCCGUCAGUGGUAAUAGUUGACCCCAUUUUACAGAAACAUUAUGUCUUACCUGAAGAGACAGUUUUCAGUUAUUCUUCACUAUCUGAUUUCCUUGAUGGGUUUCUCAAUGGAAGUCUUCUUCCAUAUCAACGAUCUGAAUCUGUUGUCCCAAGCCCUAGGAAGGCUCCAAGUCCACCAUUUGUUAAUUUGGAUUUUCAUGAGGUGGAUUCUAUUCCUCGAGUUACCACCCGUACUUUUUCUGAGUUGGUUAUUGGUUUUAAUCAGUCAGAUAUUUCAAGUGCUGUCCAUGCUUGGAAGAAGGAUGUGUUGGUCCUCUUUAGCAACAGUUGGUGUGGGUUUUGCCAGAGAACAGAGCUUGUUGUUCGUGAAGUAUAUAGGGCUUUCAAGCACUAUGCAACCAUGCUGCAAAAUGCACCUAGGAACGAGAAAUCGGUGUUAACUGAUGACAUGAAAGAUAUUGCGUUGAAGCUUCCACAAAUUUACUUUAUGGAUUGCACGCUGAACGAAUGCAGUUUGAUCUUAAAAUCAGUAGCUCAGAGGGAACUUUAUCCAUCACUGCUGUUAUUUCCAGCAGAAGGGAAGAAUGCUGUCUCUUAUGAAGGAAAUGUGGCAGUAAGAGAAAUUAUUAAGUUUAUUGUUGAUCAUGGAAAUAAUGGUCGUAAUCUUGUCAAGGAAGAAGGUAUUCUAUGGGCCGGAGUAGAACGAGAAUGUAGAGAGAAUUUAUACGAAGAUGCAUCACAAAUUGCGGUUCACAAGGAAGCUCCUUUGUCCAAGGACAAAUACCAUGAAGUUCAACUAAAAUAUAGAAUACCAGCAAGAGUUGUUGGACACAAACCGAUAAGUACUCGCAAAUCAAAUGGCUUGCGCAGAGCAGAAGCCCCACAAGUGGUUGUCGGUUCGCUCCUCAUUGCAACAGAGAAACUUCUCAAUGUACACCCAUUCGAUAAUUCGACAAUUCUCAUCGUAAAGGCAGAUGAAAGUACAGGUUUUCAAGGUCUGAUCAUUAACAAACAUAUCAGUUGGGAUUCUCUUGAAGAACUCAAGGAAGGGUUAGAAAUCUUAAGAGCAGCUCGUCUUUCGUUUGGGGGCCCACUCUUAAAACGUGGAAUGCUUCUUGUUUCCUUGACUCAGAAAACAAUUGAGGAUCGGUACCCAGAAGUCCUGCCUAAUGUUUACUUUGUGGAUCAACGGUCCACGAUUCAUGAAAUAGAAGGGCUCAAGUCGCGCAAUCACUCUGUUACUGAUUUCUGGUUUUUCUUGGGGUAUUCGAGUUGGGGUUGGGACCAGUUAUUUGAUGAAAUUGCCCAAGGAGCUUGGAACAUAAGCAGUGACAAUGUAGAAGAGUUAGAUUGGCCAUGGAGGUGACUUCAGUCCGGUGAUUUAGGGUUUUACAUUGUGUUUUUGUUUUUGCAGAAUGGAACCAUGCAGUACCAGAUGCGAUAUACAUACUAGAGCUUUGGAGUUCCUCAAUUCGGAAUUCUAAAAGAGCGGCAAAACUCUGAAGCAAUGACUGUGUUAGAAAGAUGAGGUUGGUAUUACAUUAGAAAUUAAUUUUGUUAUUUUUAAUUUAUCACAUUGAAUUUUCUGUUGUAUGCCCAUUAACUGUACAUCUGUGCUUUUUGUUUUUUUUUUUGGUGCUGAGCUUUUGGGUUUUAUAGAUUGUCAAACAAUAUUUUCAUUUCAAAUUGGAUUUUUUUUUUUUAUAAUUAAAUUAUCAUUAUUAUUUAUUAUUGGAAACAA